GACAGACAAUGUUUGUUACAAGACACUUUCCAGCUUCAAUCUCCACAACCAUCUACCAUAUUGUCCUUUCCUUUUCCUCCCGCAGCUCCCUGUGCUUAACUCUCCUCUUCCUGUCAGUGAGGUGUAUUCUAGUGAGAUCCCGGCAAUCGUGUGUGUGUGUGUGGGCCGUGUCCCUAUCCUCCAAAACUUAUCCAGUGACACUCACACUACUGGAGAGCAGGACAAGUUGACAAAACAUCCUCGGUGCAUUGAAGAUUUCCCCUGUCAGACACCAUCAGUCGGGCUGGGCGGAAGCCUCACAGGGUGCUGCAACCCGGGGGCGCUGGCAGGCAUGAAAGGAAAUGGAAGUGGGCCUGUAACAAAAUUAAAGUAUAACGUACUUGAAGUCUGGAGUGUACUAGGUUUGUUACAUUGUUGUAAGUGUGGGGGCGGGUGUUUCUGCUUACCUUUUAUAGGUUCUGGUUGCAGUGGAUCCAGUUUCUUUUGUUCCUGGUUCCAGACUUCAAGGAAGCUUUCUUUGAUUUUUCUGUGAUCCAGUGAUGCAGCGUUCUAGGAGAAAGUCGGUGCCACCAAAGCAGUAUUGUGAGGUUGUGCAGGAGGUGCCCGGCAUGCGGGGAUCUGCAAGAGGAAGCAGUGGAUCUGAGUCUGAGGAUGUGGUAGCCCUUACCCCUCCAGCUAGGCCCCGGCCAGCCCCCCUUCCCACUGCUAGACCCACUGUUAGGAGGGGACUGGGCCUCCAGGACCUGACAGCAGGCCCUGGGCCCCCAGGACCUGACAGCAGGCCCUGGGCCCCAGUCACCCCUUAUGGAUUUUAGCUCCCUCCCUGAUUAUGCCCCGUGUACUCUAGGGGUCCCCUCCCAACAUGCUCCCAGUAUUCCCCCCAUUGUCCCUCAUGUGACUAACCAUCUCCCAAUUGCGGCCACAAAUAGCGGUCCUAACAUUUCAAGUCCGCUAGCAUUUGCAGCUGCUGCCAUUGAAGCAUCACGGCAGCAGCUGCAGGCUUUACCCCCGGUGUCUCUAAAACUCUGUGCUCACGCUGGCUCAGGCCUUUUUUGAUGACUUUGUCUCCUGCGAGCUUGACUGGUGUGGGUUGAGGCCGGGGGCCGGUAUGUGCUGGUGCUGAGGCAUUCCUGGGCCUCCAUCGGGGCUUGGCCCCACCCCUUCCAGCGUGGUGUUGCAUGCUUCCUCUCUGGGAUAGUCAUGCAGUGGGGAGGAGCGCGGAUGGAGUCGCCAUUGGAGUGGGGCACACAGCAGGAAUCGGUCGUCUCCCGGAGCCAUCCAUAGUAAGUUGGGGAGACUCUGUGCAGAGGAUGGGUCUCCUGCUGGGAGGGGGGGCAGAGUGCAGGGAUGCAAGGCUGCAGAAAAGACUCCAGGGGGGAGGAGGGCAGCUCUGGGGAAAAGAGGUAGAGCUGUGGCAAGUGCAGGCAAUGGGAACCACAUGGGGAUGAAUGUGGUGGAACAAGAGGGCAUGGUAUUGGGCAUGAAUGUCAGGGAAGUGUAUGGUGGGGCAAGUGUCAUUGAAAACAGGAAUGUGGAUGCAGUUAAUAUUGUGGCACAGAGACCUGCAGCAGGUGUAUCUGGGGAUGGGGUGAUGCUGGCUCAGGGCCAGUACCACGGUAUGAAUGAAGAGGUGAUCCAGUGGGCGGUAGCUGUUGCUCUGGCUAUGUGUGGGGUAGGCAAUCAGGGCAGGAAACCAUUCAGGGGCCCUAUUGUCUGUGCAGAGUACUCCCCAAUCUCUUCUGUCUUCACAGGGUGUCAUUGUUGAUCACGCAACCACUACAAUGGCAUCGUUGUCAAGGCAGGAAGCCAUUGGCCCCCAGCGGCGAGGAGGGAGACAGAAUCUCUUGCAGAUGGCUCUAUAGACCACUAACCUGCAAAGCAUCUCAUGUAAUCAGUCGGAAGACUGAAAGCGCUCACAUGAGCCUGGAAAAUCGUGGCCCACAUUGCAUGCAUAUUGUGGUGAAGACCCAGUGAUAAAUAUCCAGAAAGGAAUUGACCUACUGGUGCUGUGUGAUUCGUAGAGACAGCGUACUGACAGCUAUUAAAGACACGGCCAGAGCACUGAGAGAUAUCACUUAUUGAUGUAACUGGAGUGAAUAAGGGAACCUUCUUCCUGAGCACAGACAUUGGAGCCUGUUAUCAGCAUGAACUCAUAUGUAUUAGACAAACAAUUGAAUAGUUCAUAUCCAUCCUUCACUACAGGAAGCAUCAGAAUGAUACCGCAGACUCCAAUAGUCUUAGACACCAAUGACUAUUCACAAACAUUGGGGAUAUCACAAAAGAUAUUAACAGACGAUGUUGAAUUAGCAGGAACUGGGCAGCAAUCAUUAUGUACAGAGAGUAAUUUAGUCAUGAAACAAGAGGACAACAUUUAUGCCUUAUCUAGUGAAAUGAUUAUCCCAGAGGAUAAACCACACACAUUUACUGAGUUUUCAAAACAUUUAAAAGAAGGGGAAAGUCUUAAGUCUAGCCAAAUGGUUCAUACAAAUAAGAAACCAUUCAAAUGUACAGAAUGUGAGAAAAGCUUCACAUGCAAUUUGCAUCUCCUUGAACACCACACAGUUCACACAGUUGUGAAACCUCACACGUGUACAGAAUGUGGGAGAUGUUUCACAUCUAAAGGAAGCCUUAAGUAUCACACAAAGACCCACACAGGAGAGAAACCUUUCACAUGUAAUGAGUGUGGGAGAUGUUUCACACAGAAGAGUAGUCUGAAAACUCAUGAAAGGAGUCACACAGGAGAAAAACCUUUCAGAUGUACAGAGUGUGGAAAAUGUUUUACACAAAUAAGUAGUCUGAAAACUCAUGAAAGGAGUCACACAGGAGAAAAACCUUUCACAUGUACAGAGUGUGGAAAACGUUUUUCAAAAAUAAUGAAUCUGAAACGCCAUGAAAGGAUUCACACAGGUGAAAAGCCUUUCACAUGUACAGAAUGUGGAAAACGUUUUACAGAAAUAUGUAAUCUUAAAAUUCAUGAAAAGAGUCACACAGGAGAAAAGCCUUUCACAUGUACAGAGUGUGGAAAAUGUUUUACACAAAAGAGUAAUCUAAAAACUCAUGAAAGGAUUCACACAGGGGAAAAGCCUUUAACCUGUACAGAUUGUGGGAAAAGCUUUACACAUAAGAGUACUCUGAUAAAACAUGAAAGGAUUCACACAAGGAACAACUAUUUCACAUGUACUGAGUGUGGAAAACGUUUUUCAGAAAUAAGUAAUCUGAAAACUCAUGAAAGGUGUCACACAGGAGAAAAGCCUUUCACGUGUACAGAGUGUGGAAAUGGAUUUACAAACAAAGGUAAUUUGAAAAAUCAUGAAAGGAGUCACACAGGAGAAAAGCCGUUCACAUGUACAGAGUGUGGAAAAAGUUUUACACAAAAGGGUAAUCUAAAAACUCAUGAAAGGAGUCACACAGGAGAAAAGCCUUUCACAUGUACAGACUGUGGAAAACGUUUUACAAAUAAGAGUACUCUGAAAACUCAUGAAAAGAUUCACACAAGUUAAAACUUUUUCACAUGUACAGAGUGUGGAAAAGGAUUUACACAAAUGGAUCAUCUAAAAGCUCAUGAAAGGAUUCACAAGGGAAAAAAACUCUCACAUGUUUAGAAAGUGAAAUAUUGUUUGUAUACAAGAAAAAUAUUUACACACAAAGAAACUUUAUAUACACACUGUAGAAACCUUUUCAAAAUGAUCCUAAAGAGGAUAUCAAGUUAAAAAACAUCCUAUUGCAAAUAAUGUUUUCCAUUUCCCUAUUACAAAAGCCAAUGUAAUAAUUGACACCUUGGAGAUAUAUUUAAUGUGUUCACAGUGUAGGUAAAUUUUUUCUUUAAGAACUAGAUGUUUAGCAUUCCUCAUUUUAGAUACCAGAGAGAAUACUGAGGUGAAACUGAUUUAUAUAAUGAGAAAUGGUACAUGCAAGAUCAUAAUCAGUUUAAUUGGAAUAGCUCUCCUGCUGUCCUUUGUUCCUUUAUACAUGUGCUCUUCAGUUUCUAUCAUAUCAAUGUGAUAGAAUCCAAACACACAGGAAUAUACAAAUCUGUCCUCAUAUUGACCAGUUUACUUAAGUAUUUGUCACCAAAGCACCCCCAGUGUUGUUUAUUAAUUUGCCUUACAUUUAGAGAAUAAAGGAGUCUUUGUAUGAAUAAAGUGUGAGAAAAAUAUAUAAACAAGAA